GUGCAGGUCGAUUCGGACACUCUCACUGUGGUUUCUGUCACUUAAAGACACAAAUGCCACUGAUACCGUGUCCUGUCAUGUAUGUCAGGCCCAUACUAUGGAUCUUUCUCUUCACCUCUGCCUGGGAGGUGUCCCUGCAGGAGUAUGAAUAUUACGAUGAGACAUAUGAGGAUCCGCAGCCUCUGAACUGCUCGACCACAGAGAGCAUUAAAGGUGGACAUGUCACCUACUCACAGGGAGGGCUGGAGGGCAGUGUGCUGACCUAUCACUGUGGCUCGGGCCAAUAUCCUUACCCAGUCAGCUACAGGCUCUGCGACGCUGAUGGGGAGUGGUCGCCUAUGAGAUUGACCAAUGGCAGACUGGUAUCACGGGCCACAUGCAAAGACGUGCUGUGUCCGGCUCAGCUCCAGCUGGAUCAUGGUGACUUCUGGCCCAGGGACCAGUGGUCCCGUGUUGGGGAGAUGCAGAGCUUCUCCUGCCAGGAAGGGUUCACCCUGUACGGGUCAGCCCAGAGGAACUGCACCGACUCUGGGGAGUGGACAGGAACCACUCCAGUCUGUGACAACCAUGCUGAUGACUGCAGUGACCCAGGGACCCCACCAGGGGCCCAGCGGUCAGCAGGCCGGUUUCACACAGGGGAAAAGGUGAUCUACUUGUGUCAGGCAGGUCUGAAUCUGCUGGGGUCGGCUGAACGGGUUUGCCUGGAGAGCAGGGAGUGGAGUGGUUCAACACCACGGUGCCAAGGCCCCAAUACUUUUGACUCCCCCAGUGUUGUGGCAGCAGCCAUGGCGGGAUCACUUGCAGGAGUCAUGGAUGUUUUCUCACCAGACUCCAAAAGAAAAGGUGCAAGGGCGUCCUUUGGCCGAACCAUCCGUGUGUCUGAAGGCAGUCGCAUGAAUGUCUACAUUUUACUGGACACAUCAGGAAGCAUCAGAAAACAGGACUUUGAGUUAUCCAGGAGUGCUACCAUCGCUCUUAUCAAAAAGUUAGACAGCUACGAGGUACAGCUGAAGUUCCACGUGUUGUCAUUUGCCAGCACGGUUAUUGACAUUGUGGACAUUAGAGAUGCAGAUAUAAGUGGAAGCAUCGAUGACGUUUUAUGGAAUCUGGAGCAGUUCGACUACCAUAGCCAUGGAAGUAAGACAGGCACCAACCUCCACGCUGCCCUACACCGUGUCAAUGAGAUGAUCAGCUUCCUUAAGCAAAACAGUGCCAAAAACCAUUUUAAUGAAACUCAGAACAUCAUUGUCAUAGAAACAGAUGGUUACUCUAACACAGGCAAGAAGCCUAAGGUUGCCCUCGCCCACAUCCGAAAUAUGCUGGGAUACCAAGCCACAUCCCUUGAUCACACAGAUGAAACAAUGCUGGAUGUCUAUGCAUUUGGUGUUGGAGACCAAGUGAACAAAGACGAGCUGAACUCCUUAGCCUCAAAAAAACGUGAUGAGCAGCAUGUCUUCUUUUUGAAAGAUUAUGAAACACUGGGAGUGGUGUUUAACAGCAUCAUUAGUGACAAGAGUGUGACAAUGUGUGGGAUAGCUCAAGAAAAGGCUGGGGAGGAGACAGCCUACAUCAAACCCUGGCACGUCACUCUGGACACUCAAAGCUCAAAGAAGGUGCCAUGUGUUGGAUCCAUUGUGAGCCAGAACUGGGUGCUGACAGCUGCUCACUGCUUUGCCAGAGCGAGCACAGAAGUCCCUCGGCAGGUGCACAUACGUCAUGGGGAGGGCAUGGUGGUUUCCAAGAAGGUGAUCAUGCACCCGAAGUACAACACCAGGGCACUCAAACACAGAAAUGUAUCGGAGUUCUACGACUACGAUGUAGCUCUGGUUCAGGUGAACCAGAGUAUCCCGCUCUCCUGGAAAGCAAGACCUAUUUGCUUGCCAUGUACCGUACCAGCCAGCCGAGCUAUGAAGAAAAUCAACUCCACCUGUCUGCAGCACAGGAAGGAACUACUACCACACAAGGAGACUUCUGCCUUUUUCAUCCAUAAGAACUCAGAUCGCAAAGAAACACAUAUUCACACAGACAGUCAGCGGCCUAGCUGUGUGGAGAAGGCGAGACAAACGCUCAAAGAGCCAACCAAUGUGACUCUGGAUGAGUUAGUGCCUGAAAGAUUGCUCUGUUCUGGGGGAUCCUCAGGAUAUCAGGAUGCCAUCACCUGUCCGGGGGACUCUGGUGGAUCCCUUUUUCUGGAAAAACGGAAGCGCUAUUUUCAGGUGGGAGUUGUGAGCUGGGGCACAACAAUCGUGUGUAACUCACCCGACCCAGCUCUGAAAGGCUUCAGCAGUGACAGGCCGCCUCCUGAUGCUCGAGACUUUCAUAUCGACCUGUUCAAGAUAAUGCCGUGGCUGAAGCAGCAUCUGGGCGAGGAGAUCCAGUUCCUGCCUGAAGUCAACUGAAAACAUCCCAAAUCAGUAAGCUGAGAACUGCUUAGAUUGAAUGGAAAUGUCUGUAUUUUCACAUCACUGUGUCUAAGUGACUAAUUGGAACCAAAUUUUUGAAACUGGUCAAGUAAUGAGCAAUAGUGCUGCAGCCAGCUAACAAGAAACUUUCUAAAAUAUAACCAUCGCCUCGAAUAGAGCCAUUGAAUAGCACCCUGGAUGAAAAAUGCCUAAUUUCCCUUUAAACCACAAUAACAAUGGAGAAUUCGAUAGCGCUCAUGCGAGAAUAACGAGGAAUAAUUAUAGCUGAUCAGAAAAAAUGGACAAUAAUGUCAAGUGUUUUCCAGAGUUUUAUUGUCAGAUUGAAUAUCAUAGAUAUUGCAGUAAACUUACUUGUCAAUGUGUGUAGCAUAAAAAAGAUUGUUCUUGUUUUAAUACUGUAUUCUUUCAAACUCAACAUGUAUAAUUACUUCCUGAGACACACAUAUAUUGGAAAUCUAGCUGUGCAUUCAUGUGGAAAUGUUGAGUUGCUUAAUAAAACACUGUUUAAAUGUGA